GCCCGGGCCCGGUCGGGUCACCGCCACUGCACCUUUGGCGCCCAUUCCUGAGGUUCUCUAAUGGUCUUGUUUCACCAUGGCAACCAAUAUGGAGGUGCUGGCUCAGCAGGUAGUGGAGACUCAGCAGGUGGCUGAGGAAAUGCACCGUGGUAACAUAGUGUGAUGGUUGUAUCUUGCCACUGGAGAGAUCGCUCCAUCUCAAGAGUGUAUGAAGCUCUGUGAUUUCUUCCUGGCCGGUGCCGACUGUUCAGACUUCGCUAUCUGAAUCUCCAGUGAUGACCAGCCCUUCCCAGCGUAUCCAGAUAAUUUCCACAGACUCCUCUGUAGCUUCACCACAACGCAUUCAGAUUGUGACAGAUCAGCAAACAGGUCAGAAAAUUCAAAUAGUGACAGCAGUGGAUUCAGCUGUGUCUCCAAAGCAACAGUUCAUUUUAGCUAGUCCAGAUGGAACUGGUGCAGGAAAGGUGAUCUUGGCAGCACCUGAGACAUCUAAUGCCAAGCAGCUUAUCUUUACCACCACAGACAACAUUGUGCCAGGCAGAAUUCAGAUAGUGACUGACUCUGCUUCAGUGGAACGUCUGCUAGGAAAAACUGAUGUUCAGCGGCCCCAGGUAGUAGAGUAUUGUGUAGUCUGUGGUGAUAAAGCAUCAGGUCGUCACUAUGGUGCUGUCAGUUGUGAGGGAUGCAAAGGCUUCUUUAAAAGAAGUGUAAGGAAGAAUUUGACCUACAGUUGCCGUAGCAACCAGGACUGUAUCAUCAAUAAGCACCAUCGGAAUCGAUGCCAGUUUUGUAGGCUUAAGAAAUGUCUAGAGAUGGGCAUGAAAAUGGAAUCGGUUCAAAGUGAAAGAAAGCCUUUUGAUGUGCAGCGUGAAAAACCAACCAACUGUGCAGCUUCUACUGAAAAGAUCUAUAUAAGAAAAGAUCUUCGAAGCCCUCUAAUAGCAACUCCAACAUUUGUGGCAGAUAAAGAUGGGACACGGUCAGCCGGUCUUCUUGAUCCGGGAAUGCUCGUGAAUAUUCAGCAGCCUUUGAUCAGGGAUGAUGGUACAGUCCUCCUAGCUGCUGAUUCCAAGGCUGAAACAAGCCAAGGUGCCUUAGGAACACUAGCAAAUGUUGUAACAUCUCUUGCUAAUCUCAGUGAGUCACUAAAUAAUGGAGAUACUUCUGAAGUUCAACAAGAAGAGCAAUCUGCAAGUGAGAUUACACGGGCAUUUGAUACUUUGGCUAAAGCACUUAGUUCCACAGAUGGUACAGCAGCUCAUAACUUGGCAGAUGGCAUGGAUCCUACAGGAGGGAAUAUUCAUGUAAUCAGUAGAGACCAGUCAACACCAAUUAUUGAAGUGGAAGGACCCCUACUUACAGAUACACAUGUCACAUUUAAGCUGACAAUGCCCAGUCCGAUGCCAGAGUACCUUAAUGUACACUACAUCUGUGAGUCAGCAUCGCGACUCCUUUUCCUCUCUAUGCACUGGGCUAGGUCCAUACCUGCAUUUCAAGCUCUUGGGCAGGACUGUAACACGAGCCUUGUGCGUGCCUGCUGGAACGAACUGUUCACCUUAGGCCUGGCCCAGUGUGCACAGGUGAUGAGUCUGUCCACUAUCCUGGGAGCGAUUGUCAACCACCUCCAGAACAGCAUCCAGGAAGAUAAACUUUCUGGAGACAGAAUAAAGCAAGUCAUGGAGCACAUCUGGAAACUACAGGAGUUCUGUAACAGCAUGGCCAAGCUUGAUAUUGAUGGAUAUGAAUAUGCAUACCUUAAAGCUAUAGUCCUUUUUAGCCCUGAUCACCCUGGUCUGACCAGUUCAACCCAAAUAGAAAAAUUCCAGGAGAAGGCACAGAUGGAAUUGCAGGACUAUGUACAAAAAACCUAUCCAGAAGAUACUUAUAGGCUAGCCCGGAUCCUAGUUCGCCUGCCAGCCCUCAGGCUGAUGAGCUCUAGCAUCACUGAGGAACUGUUUUUCACAGGUCUCAUUGGAAAUGUUCCCAUUGACAGCAUAAUCCCUUACAUUCUCAAAAUGGAAACAGCAGAAUAUAAUGGUCAAAUAACUGGGACGUCUGCAUAGAGGGAACAACGUCAUUUGGGGGGUUGAAGUAAUUUUCACAAAAAACAUAUAAUUACGAAGUUUAAAGAGUAGUGUUUUCGGUAUGUGCAGAUAAUUCCAACUUGUUAUCAGUUUCCUGACAGAUUUCUCCUUGUCUUUUCCUGAUGUUGACAAAAUUUAAAGCAACUGUUAAAAGACCUGCUAUAGGACUUUUCCUGCCACAAGGAAUGUUUUUGAUGCCUUUCAUUUAAAAGGCCAUAGGUUACUGAACAUACUUUUCACAUGCUUUGUAUUUAGAAACUAUCAGUGGUUAAAAAGAGUUUUAUAAUAUCAGAGUAGUAAUAAAAUUACUUUGAAAAGAACAGUAUGUAUAUAUUUAAAAAUAUCCUUGGAAUGAAUGUCUAGCAAAUGCCAGGGUAUAAUACUAGCACUUUGUAAUCACUUCUUGUCAGAGCAACAGCAUCAUUGACAUCCUGCUUAUGAGAAUGCAAAAUUAAAAAAUGCAUAUGUCCUUAAUCAGAAUGCUAGUGAUUUUUGUAAAAAUGUGGAUGCUAAAGAAGACAAUCAUUUAAUCUACAAAAAGUCACUUGCUGUUAUGUUAUGCAUGAAUUAUUAAUGUGGAUUCUUAAAUCAGAUAUCCACAUUAUAUGAAACGAUAUCUGUUAAAUUAGUGCAGUUGUAAUACACAGUACAGUGCAGUCAUAGUUACUAUUAGGUACUACAGGAGUUCCCCACGUUAGAGAAAAAAAAAGCAUUUGUCACAAUAAUGAUUAAAUAUGCAGGUUCCUUAAAAUGUCUAUUUAUACAAACACAAUCAUGACAAAUGUUAUUCUAAGAAGCCUUUUGACUUCGGGGCAAAUCAGUCAUUAACUGGAAGAGUAGUCAUUUUCAAAUAGAGAUGUGUGAUGCUCUUUGGGUAUGUUCUUUGUAUGCUCCAAAUUUACUCCUCUGUAUUCUGAACACCCUCAUCAUGUAGCCACAGGGUAUAAUUUGAGACCUGAAAUGUACAGAACCUCUGGUUGUCAGCAAGAGUUUAUUACAAAGCUCUCUCACUCUAUUUCUCCCUCGCUCACUGAGCACUCCCAGUUUUCCAGUGUUCUCAACUUUCCUGUCACUCAGUUUGAAACCAAAAUAUAGUUGGGAUUUACUCUCACUCAUGUACAAUUGCAGUUGAUGACUGAUACACCAUGGAGAUAUAAAAUGAACUACUUUUUUAAUUGUCUUAAGUGAUGAGCCAUCAACAUGUUUCUAGUAGUACUGGCCAUUAGCUGCUAGCAUAGGUUUCAUUUUAGUAUAAUUUAUUACUAUGGCUGUUCAGUAUUUUAAAAUCAACGAUUUUUUUUAAGUCAUAGCAACUAAUACCUUCAUCUGAUCCUGGUUCAUUAGAUGCAUUAUUUUUUUGUGUGUGUGUGUUAGAGGUGUUCUUACUUUCAUAGUUUUAUGUGACAAAACUUUUCUAAUGAUCACUUCAGCACUUUGGUUUUUCUUCUGUUAUUGUUAUUUAUUUAGAAACAUCAACUAGGUUGGUCUUUGUGACUUUUCAGAGUCUAAAUUGUAGCCAAAAGACCUUAAGCAGCUUUAGAUGAGGCUUCUAAAGUAACAAAAAGACCUGGUAUACUUCAUGCUUGUCAGGAGGCUGACAUUUGUAGCACUUACUGUGACACAAAAGACUAUUUAAUUUUAGCUUCUGUAUGCAUUGAAGUCUACAGUUACUAUUUUUAGCACAUUCAGAAUCUUCUUUUCUCAGAAGGGUAUUACAGAGUCCAGUAUCCAUGCAGAGAUUUGUAAUACUGCACUUGUAACUCUCAGCUUUUGCUGUAGCAAAUUAAAUUGUCAUAUUGUUCCUGCAAUGGAAAGUUUGCUCUCUACAUGUGAAGUCAGGUGGACUUGAGCUUUUAGUACCAUUCAUUUGAUUGUAGUGUAACUGAUGUGGGAUUGUGUCAGCACUUCUGCUGCACAGUUCUUAUGUCAAAUAGGGGUAUACAACUCUAAAAAUUAAUGGUGAUAUUAAUAUCAGAAUCAGUAGCUACCUUGGAAAGAGUAGUGACUGCUUUUGUUAACAUUUAAAAUUUUACUGGGUUAUAUCAUUGUUCUACAAGCAGAAUGCAUUGAACUAUUGUGACUUUUUUUUUAUUGCCAAAAGGAUUAUGGAACUUAAUUUCUUUAAGUAUUUCAUAAAAACCAUUUAGCAGAUCAGAAAGUGUUUCAAUGGUAAAUGAAAUAUUCCUUAGCACAAAAACUAGCCUUUGGAAUAUUUGGUUUUAAAUCUCAAUAUACACCAGCUAGCUUCUUCUUGACAAACAUAUUUUCAAUCUCCAAUUUUUCAAGUAAAAGAGCCCCAUGUUUUGUGUGAAAAUUUGUUUGUAAUUUUUAUAACUUGUGAUCAUAACAAUUCGGGAAAGAAGAUAAAGGCAUUGUAGUUUUUUGGGAACAAAGGGAUCACAUUACAUAAAAUGUAAAAUGUAUGCCUUGCAUGACGUACAUAAAUCAAAACAAUAAAUAUUGUGCAGCUCUGUUUACAAAUAAACUACACUCCCCCACAAAUGCAAGGCCACAUAAUGAUAUCCUUGCUCAAACCCUGAUAGUUACUUAUUCUGCAAAUGGUCAUUAAAGAGCUUAUUAGGGAUAAAAUAUUAAUUUGUGUAAACUGAGUAACAAACAUGCAAUCCAUAGUUGUGCAUGCAUUAAAUAGAUGAAAUGAAGCAGUUCAAUCCUUAAGAUUUGGAUAUUACCACCUAAAAGCUCUAAAGCCCUUCUCUGUGUAGCAUCAUUAGCAUGAUUUGCUGGCUUGUAGAGCUCAGAACCAGGCUACUUAGUUCUGAUGCCAUUAACAAAAGGUACUCUCUCUAACUAUACAGUAUUUUGAUUCCAAGACUAACAUUUUGGAUUGUAGAAAUUUGAACAUACGUGGGUGCCUGGGCUAUUUCCUCCCCAGGGAAAGACUUCGUGUUUUUCCUCUGAGAACUUCACAAGGUUCCUGUUGACCAGUUCGCCAUCCUGUCCCAAUUCUUCUCAGUGGCAGCAGGACCCUGUGAUGCACAUAGUGCAGCUGCUUUGCACUGUCUCUGCACAAAGUAGUGCAACACCAACAUAGUUCUUGGAAUUUCUGAGGUUUGUUCCAUCCCUCCUGCAGUGACUGGAAGAUGGUAACAGCCUAAUCUUAGCACCUUUACUGUUAAAUUAGUUUUGGUUUUUUUCUCCUUCAAAAGUGCAAACUUUUCCUUAUGAAUAUGGGACAGGAGAGUUUUUCAUUAUUGUAACAAUUAUUGAAGAACGAUUUUUUGAGUGUUAAAUAUUGAAAUAGCCUGUUUUCAUAAAGGUGAAAUUUAAAUGCAGAACUUGUUUUUACAGAACUUGGAGUCAAAGUAUCACAGACACAAAGUGAUUCUAAGAAAAGUUCAUCUCACUGAAGCUCUACUUAGUGCCAAAAUUUAUUCUCUUCAGAAUUUCAGAGGGUCUAUUUCUGCUGCUCUUGAAAUGAAAAUACUUUAACUUGGCAGAAAUAGAGUAAUAAAUUAUCUGAUUAGAUUUAUCUGAACCUGAGCAAAUGUGUAUAGUAGUCAUAAUUCAUUCAGACAAAUGUUAGAAUUCUGUGCUGACUGAGACUGGGGCAUGAUAAUGAAGCAAUGCAAGGAGUGAUAAUGAGGCAGUAAUGUCCAUUGUGCUUCAUUUGUUUUCCAGCUCUUAUGCAAAGGAGCUGGAUUUGAAUCUUGUAGAUAAAAAGCAUUUGAGACUAGCUUUGUUGUAAUGAUUUUAAUUACAUUUAUGACAAAUGCAGGAAGGUAUACUCUUCCCUUUAUUUACUUACAUUGGACUAUAAAGUCAGAACUAAGAUGAUGUGCAAAAGUAAUCUCGCUCUGCCUAUUUACAUUGCUUAUAAAUUAACUGCAAUGCUUUUGGUGUCUAUGGAGUUACUCUGGCAUGAAACGGGUAGAAGAGGAAAAAAUCAUCUCCAAGGAGUGAUCCUUCUUAGAAGUCUCCUUACAAGGCUUUAUUUUAGCUGCCCUAAAAUGUUAGAUUAUUAAGAAGGCUUAGUUUUCAGAGCACUCUGGGGCAAGAAACUAUUGUUGCUCUCCACUGAUUAGCUGUGUCAUUUGCCAAGUCUCCUUUCACCAUCUUCUGAAGCCCUUGGCUCCCCAGACAGCCAGGAUGCCUCUGGCAAGGAGCUCUGGCUCCAGGUCUGUGUGCAGAACCCAGCGGCCCUGCAUGGCCAUUACAGUUCCCUUUGGCAAAACGCACAUUCUGAGGCUGUAUUAGAGAAACCAAGUCAGGGCUAAAGUUCCCAGGUGAAAUCAGUUUCCUGACUCUUGUUUCUCCUUUGGCAGAGACUAUAAAACACUUGUGUGGGUUUUUUUUAAUUGUUCUGUAUAGUACACAGGACUCACAGAUUCCUGAAUUAUUUCAUUCCGGAUACUGCAGGUGUCAGUAGAUUUUCCUGCCCAUUAACGUUCAGACCGUUGUUCAGAUUCUUUCCUCUUUACCUGCUGUUUAAUUAGUAAAAGGCAAUUAAAAAAAAAAAAACUAGCACCAAAUUGCACAACUAGCAAAGGGCUUCAGGAAUACAGUUUAACCAGGAAGACAGAACUGGAAGUGAAUGGGCUGAGGGUACUGCCCAAGCAGUGACAAAGCAGCUUCCUGCACUAACAGCAUCAGUCAGGGCCGUGUUUGAAUCAGGUGGAAUGAGCAGUAGAACUGGCAGGUCUGUUAGACACACAGGUGUACCAGCACAUAUCUACUGGAUGAUGCCAUCCUGAAAAGAACAAAAGUGUUUCUUUUCUGUUUGAGAUCCCUCUCUGGUUACUCUUAACAGUCCAAAACCACAGCAGGUUGGGUUGUUUUUGUUUUUUUUUCACCUACUGUUGUCCAUAAGAGGAAAAGCAGAAAUGCCAGCAAACACAGGCAAAUUUCCCUUUUCCCAGCGUUUGCUGCACUGGCCAUACAGCAACAGAAGAACUUUUGCAGUAGUUGGCUCUGGUGGUAAGCAUGGGCCAGCUGUGACAGCAGCACACGACAACUGCAGUCCAAACACCUUCAAAUAUCCAGGAGGGAUCAGCCAAAUGAGGGAAUGGUCGCCCUAGAGAGGAGAGUGAGAGGCAGAGGAAGGACAAAUUGUGACUUGGAAAUUAGUUUAGAGAUAGUUUUAUGCAUAAAAUUGCCAAGAGGGGAUGGCAAAGGAGAGACAAUGAAAACAUUUACUUUUUGCACCUUUUAAUUCUAAAGUUGCUGAGUCAUUUUAACAGUAAAUACUCCUGAAUGAAGUUCAGGCUUAUUGUUCCAUGCCAUUAACCCUCCUUGUUAGAUUACGCUACAACCCUACUUCAGCUGCAGUCAGUGUUAUCAACAUAUAGGAAAUUAUUUGUGCAGAAAAAAUUUAGAACAUUAUUUAUAUUGGGGUUACAAGUUAAAUUCUUUGUAAAGUUUAGAUGCUCUAAGUUUAAACAUCUAAACUUUAGAUGUUUUUCUAUUGUGAAGUCAUGCAAAUUUCAUCACAGGUACCACUGUUGCAAUGUUUCAUAAUUCCCACAACCUAUUCAAUCCUCUGAGUUACAUGAAUGCUUUGGCUUAUUGUUAAAUUCCUGCCUGUCUUCUUUCUUUUUAAAGGGUUUGAUAGAGUUGUACACAUCUAUUUUGUGCCUCCCACCAUUGUGCAUUUCUGCAUGUUCAGUUCUAGAAUUCACUUGAGCAGCUGAUGCAUAUGUACAUAGCUGUAUGUAUGUGUGUAUGUUUAUACCUCUCUGUCUAAAUAUAUUCUGUACAGUGUAUAGAAAAUAUGUAGUGUAUGUAUAUAUGUACAGGUAUGGAGCCAUUAUUCAUCCAUUCUAUGUGCCAGAGUUUUUUAUUAAUUUGCUAAUCCAGAGCUUCCUAAUUUGGUGAAUCCUCACAAAUUUCAGAGCUAUGCACCUUUUUUUCUAAACCAGUCUAAAUUCACUAUUUGCUGUUCAGAACUGGCAAAUAUAUUCCGUGAAUUUUCUGGCUUUUACAUUGUUCUCUUUACCUUUUCUCAUUUGACCUCUAGAAGUCUGCCAGUCAAUACUUAGUUGAGCAUAUAAUGCCUGUUCAAAGUAAUUAAUAAAUAACUAUAGUCAUAGAAGAUACUCCCCUGUUCAUUAUAUACACAUUCUCUUCCAGCCACCUGAGAUAGUU